CAGGCUGCUAGGAAGUGAAAAGUGAACCUGGACCCAGCUCAGCGGCAGCAGCAGCGGCAGCAGGCAGCAGCCUCUAUCCUCUCCUCCAGCCACAUGGGCCCCCGGAUGGCGCUUCCCCGCGUGCUCCUGCUCCUGUUCUUGCACCUGUUGCUGCUAGGAUGCCGUUCCCAUCCACUGGGUGGCGCUGGCCUGGCCUCAGAACUGCCAGGGAUACAGGAGCUGCUGGACCGCCUGCGAGACAGGGUCUCCGAGCUGCAGGCGGAGCGGACGGACCUGGAGCCCCUCCGGCAGGACCGUGGCCUCACAGAAGCCUGGGAGGCGAGGGAAGCAGCCCCCACGGGGGUUCUUGGGCCCCGCAGUAGCAUCUUCCAAGUCCUCCGGGGAAUACGCAGCCCCAAGACGAUGCGUGACUCUGGCUGCUUUGGGCGGAGGCUGGACCGGAUCGGCUCCCUCAGCGGCCUGGGCUGCAAUGUGCUCAGGAGGUACUGAGAAGUCCUGGCUGACAACCUCUGUGUCCGCUUCUCCAACGCCCCUCCCCUGCUCCCCUUCAAAGCAACUCCUGUUUUUAUUUAUGUAUUUAUUUAUUUAUUUAUUUGGUGGUUGUAUAUAAGACGGUUCUUAUUUGUGAGCACAUUUUUUCCAUGGUGAAAUAAAGUCAACAUUAGAGCUC